CAAGGGAGGGAUCAAAUUGCACUCCAUGUGAAUUAAUCUGUACAUCUGGCUUUAGUUGAUAGGCCACCGUCUUCACCUUCCUCUUUCUUCUAUCCAAGGAUCAGGCGCUUGCUCAUUGCUUUGCAUCUGCUUUCUUUCAUUCUUCUCUGAUCCACUAUUCACUUCCCUUGCAGACCAACAGACAUGGCCGGGGCUGUAGCAGGAGGAGGAGCACUUCUCUCGGCUUCUCUCAAAGUUCUACUUAAUCGGAUGGAUUCUCCCGAGGUCCGCACCUUCCUCCGAGGACAGAAACUCAGUGCUACGCUCCGAAGGGAGUUGAAGAUGAAAUUGCUGGCAGUUAAGGCAGUGCUGAAUGACGCCGAGGCCAAGCAAAUCACGAAUUCAGAUGUCAAAGAUUGGAUGGAUGAGCUGAAAGAUGCUGUGUAUGAUGCGGAGGACCUGGUGGAUGAUAUCACCACUGAAGCUUUACGAUGCAAGAUGGAGUCUGAUUCUCAAUCUCAGGUACGGAACAUCAUCUUUGGUGAGGGGAUCGAGUCCAGGGUAGAGGGGAUCACUGACACACUAGAAUAUCUUGCACAAAAAAAAGAUGUUCUCGGGUUGAAAGAAGGCGUUGGAGAAAAUUUGUCAAAAAGAUGGCCGACGACUUCCUUGGUAGAUGAGUCUGGGGUGUACGGUAGGGAUGCUGAUAAAGAGAAGAUAGUUGAGUCUUUGUUGUUCCAUAACGCAAGUGGGAAUAAGAUAGGUGUGAUCGCCUUGGUGGGUAUGGGCGGUAUUGGAAAGACCACCCUUACCCAGCUGGUCUAUAAUGAUAGGAGAGUGGUGGAAUAUUUUGAUCUUAAAGCAUGGGUUUGUGUUUCAGAUGAAUUUGAUCUUGUCAGGAUAACGAAAACCAUUCUUAUGGCAUUCGAUUCUGGGACUUCUGGAAAAUCGCCUGAUGACGAUGAUUUGAAUCUGCUUCAACUUAAAUUGAAGGAGAGACUUAGCAGGAAGAAAUUCUUACUUGUCCUUGACGAUGUUUGGAAUGAAGACUAUAAUAUUUGGGAUUUGCUGCGAACUCCAUUCAGUGUUGGUCUAAAUGGAAGUAAGAUUAUUGUAACCACACGAAUCAAGAAGGUUGCUGCAGUCAUGCAUUCAGCUCCUAUUCAUCCUUUAGGACAGUUAUCCUUUGAAGAUUGUUGGUCCCUAUUUGCAAAACAUGCAUUUGAAAAUGGAGAUUCUAGUUCACAUCCAAAGCUAGAAGAAAUUGGCAAGGAGAUUGUAAAAAAGUGUGAUGGAUUGCCUUUAGCUGCAAAAACCCUUGGAGGUGCCUUAUAUUCAGAGGUUCGAGUAAAAGAAUGGGAAAAUGUAUUGAACAGUGAAAUGUGGGAUUUACCAAAUAAUGCGAUUCUUCCUGCCUUAUUCUUGAGCUACUAUUAUCUUCCUUCACAUCUAAAACGAUGUUUUGCAUAUUGUUCUAUUUUUCCUCAAGACUACCAAUUUGACAAGGAAAACUUGAUUUUACUGUGGAUGGCAGAAGGGUUUUUGCAACAAUCAAAAAAAGGUAAGAAAACAAUGGAAGAGGUAGGUGAUGGGUACUUUUAUGACCUAUUAUCAAGGUCAUUUUUUCAAAAGUUUGGUAGCCACAAAUCAUAUUUUGUAAUGCAUGAUCUCAUUAGCGACUUGGCUCGAUUUGUUUCUGGAAAAGUUUGUGUUCAUUUGAAUGAUGAUAAGAUAAAUGAAAUUCCUGAAAAGCUUCGUCACUUAUCAAAUUUUAGAGGCGGAUAUGACUCCUUUGAGAGAUUUGACACCCUUAGUGAAGUUCAUUGUCUUCGGACCUUCUUGCCAUUGGAUUUGAGGACUCGGCAUCGGUUUGACAAGGUUUCAAAGUCAAGAAAUCCAGUUAAGAGUGGAAGGUAUGGUGGAGUGUUUUACUUGAGUAAUAGAGUUUGGAAUGAUUUAUUAUUGAAAGGUCAAUAUUUACGAGUGUUAUCGUUGUGUUAUUAUGAGAUAACGGAUUUGCCGGAUUCAAUUGGUAAUUUAACACAUUUACGCUAUUUGGACCUUACCUACACACCCAUCAAAAGAUUACCUGAAUCUGUUUGUAAUUUGUAUAAUUUACAGACAUUGAUAUUAUAUUAUUGUGAGCGUCUUGUUGGAUUGCCUGAAAUGAUGUGCAAAAUGAUUAGCUUACGUCAUCUUGAUAUCAGGCAUAGCAGAGUGAAAGAGAUGCCAAGUCAAAUGGGUCAAUUAAAAAUUUUAGAAAAAUUGAGUAACUAUAGAGUAGGCAAGCAAAGCGGGACGAGGGUUGGAGAGUUGAGGGAGCUUUCCCACAUUGGUGGGAGUCUUGUCAUUCAAGAGCUGCAGAAUGUGGUUGAUGCUAAGGAUGCCUCAGAGGCCAAUUUGGUAGGCAAGCAGCGUUUGGAUGAGUUAGAGCUGGAAUGGAAUCGUGAUAGUGAUGUUGAACAAAAUGGAGCAUACAUAGUCCUCAACAACUUACAACCUCAUUCAAAUUUAAGGAGACUCACUAUUCAUAGAUAUGGUGGUUCAAAAUUUCCAGACUGGUUAGGAGGUCCUUCAAUUCUGAAUAUGGUGUCGCUACGUCUCUGGAAUUGUAAGAAUGUGUCAACCUUCCCACCGCUUGGGCAGCUACCCUCCCUUAAACAUUUAUAUAUAUUGGGGUUGGGGGAGAUAGAAAGAGUGGGCGCUGAGUUUUAUGGGACUGAGCCCUCCUUUGUAUCCUUAAAAGCUCUAUCAUUUCAGGAUAUGCCAGUAUGGAAGGAAUGGUUGUGUUUGGGAGGCCAAGGUGGAGAAUUCCCUCGUCUCAAGGAGCUUUAUAUAAAGAAUUGUCCCAAGCUAACUGGGGACUUACCAAACCAUCUGCCUUUAUUGACGAAACUAGAGAUUGAAGAAUGUGAGCAGCUUGUGGCUCCACUUCCAAGGGUUCCAGCCAUCCGUGUAUUGACGACGCGCAGCUGUGACAUCUCACAGUGGAAGGAACUGCCACCACUAUUGCGGAGUCUCUCAAUUACAAAUUCCGACUCUGCGGAGUCUCUACUGGAGGAGGGAAUGUUGCAAAGCAACGCUUGUCUUGAAGAUUUGAGCAUCAUAAACUGUUCUUUUUCCAGACCCCUGUGCAGAAUUUGUUUACCCAUUGAAUUGAAAUCAUUGGCCAUCUAUGAGUGUAAGAAACUAGAGUUUCUCCUACCUGAGUUCUUCAAAUGUCACCACCCUUCCAUUAAACAUUUGGAAAUCUUAGGUGGCACUUGCAAUUCUCUCUCAUUCAAUAUCCCACACGGCAAGUUCCCAAGGUUGGCUAGGAUUCAAAUCUGGGGUCUCGAGGGGCUUGAAUCCCUCUCCAUUUCAAUUUCGGGCGGGGAUCUUACAACUUUUGCUUCGUUGAACAUCGGAAGGUGCCCUAAUCUUGUGUCUAUUGAAUUGCCAGCUCUCAACAUCUCACGAUAUUCAAUCUUCAAUUGCGAGAAUCUCAAGUCGCUGCUGCACAACGCUGCAUGCUUUCAAUCAUUAGUGUUAGAAGAUUGUCCGGAAUUGAUAUUCCCAAUACAGGGUCUUCCCUCCAACCUAACUUCACUAUUUAUUAGAAACUGCGACAAACUCACAUCCCAGGUGGAGUGGGGUCUGCAAGGACUGCCCUCUCUUACCUCUCUCACAAUCUCAGGUCUUCCAAAUCUCAUGUCCCUGGACGGUAUGGGGCUUCAACUGCUCACCUCUCUUCGAAAAUUACAGAUCUGUGACGGCCCCAAGCUCCAAUCUUUGACAGAAGAGCGGCUACCCAGCUCCCUUUCUUUUCUAACAAUCCGCGACUGUCCAUUGCUGAAAGAUCGGUGCAAGUUUUGGACAGGGGAAGAUUGGCAUCUUAUAGCUCACAUUCCACACAUUGUGAUCGAUGACCAAGUUUUGUAAUGAAGGUUAUCCAUAAUUCUUCACUCUGCCACUGAUGCAACAUAUCUUCAUCAGGAAUCUUUUCAGACUCCUUUGCUUAAUUAGCGCCUUGCCGAAUGCUUUAGAUUUCAUCUAGAGUAAAUUGAUGAUUAAAAGCCAAGAAACUCUGCAGGCCUUUAGUUCUAGUUUUCUCAAAAAACUGGAGCUGUCUAGCAAUGAUUUUUCCAAUGGGACCACUUUUUGUUGAGUUCAGAGUAAAGACUCUCUUUCUAGAAGUAGCCGAGAUUUUUUGCAUCCAAACUACAGAAAGCUCGAUUCUGUUGAGAGUGGGCAGAUACUUGGAGAAGAGAGAAGGCAAACCAUAUUCAAUGUCAUAGCACUGCAGAGUAUGGUUUUGUUCCUCCCAAGUUCAGAUGGUGGCAUUUUGAAUCUUUGGAGCAGUUCCCGGAGGAAGCUUUGCCAAAGCCUCCCUAUGCAAUAUAUGGGCCUUUGGUUGCAAGUGAGAUUUGAGGAUUUUAUUUUAUCUUGGAAGACUUCAACUCAUUUUUGUGAGUUUUGUGCUUUGAGUUUUACUUCCAAGUAUGUGCAAAGAAGAAAGGAACGACAAAGAUGGAUUCACUGGAGUUUUAUAUGGAGUAAGACUCCCAUGAAAAAUAUUGUAGCAAUUGGUUUGUCAGCCUUGAAGGGUUUCACUUCAAAGCCGCUAGAUGAACAAUACAAGGUCAAAUAUUACUUCCAUUGGAAUUUCCAUAUUGUCCUGAUUCAUCAUGUAUCCAGCUAUAGGAAUAAUUCAAGUGAGGUUAGAUAUGCCCUUUUUCUAAGUUUUUAUAUCAUAUAUUUGAAUGAAAUUCAAUUUAUCUAGAUGCUUUUCACAAGGGUUCCUUGACAUUUCAGCAUUUGGAUGGGAAGACUUGGAAUCAUUCCCAAAGGAAUGCUUGAUGCCCUGCACCCUUACCUCUCACCAAAUCUCAGGUCUUAACUGCUCACCUCUAUUUAAAAAAUUACAGAUCUCUGACUGCACAACUCCCUCUCUUUUCUAACAAUCAGGAACUGUCCAUUGCUGAAGCAUUGGUGCCAAUUUUGACAAAGGGAAGAUCAGCAUCAUAUAGCUCAUAUUCCACACAUUGUGGUGGACAACCAAGUUCUGUAAUGAAGUUGGUGCCUAUGUUGAAUCUUUCACGCAUCUGCCUAUGAUCAAUUGAUGUUUAUAAAGCUGGUGCACCAAGCAGCUCUCUGUGUAUGAUUUCUUGACCUGUAUUUUUUUUUUCUUUUGUAUUUUUUGUUGUCACUUCCAAGGGUUGGGACUUUGUCUGGAAAUAGGUACCAGAGACACUUUCUUGGUACUUGGCAGUUGAAGGGAUCAACACUAAUGUGUGGCCAAUUAAAUCCUUUUUACCACCUUUUGCAUCCAAAGGCACAUAAGAUCUUGGCACUCUGCUCAAGGGUCCGCAAAAGUAUAAUUUAGAUUAAAUUCAUAUUAAGACAGGUACAUGCUGUAUGCUCAAAAUGAUUUUCUUUCAAAAAUGUUCAGUUACCAAUUCAUUGAGGAGCCAAAGUUGUACUUCAAAAUUUCUAAUUAUUUAAUUUUUAAAUUUCUGAGGUUAAUAUUGGACACUUCCUGUAAGACUGGAAGCAGCUUUCCAGGCUUUCAAUUAUGAUUUUCUCUCUAAAUACAAGACAUUUGGCCAUGAUCUCCCCAGUGAAACAAUAUUUGAUGACUCUCCCCUGUGGAACACAUAUUUCCAGUAGUCUCGAGCAAGGAUAUGAAGAGGAGUAAACGGAGAUUGACGACAGGUCAUAUGAAAAUCAGUAUCUGCAACAAUAACUUAUUUUUUCCAAAAACCAAUGGAGACUUUUAGAAGAGAGAAGGCGAAGCAUAUUCAAAGUGACAGCACUGCAGAUUGGCUUUGUCCGCCCAAGUUCAGAUUACCACUUUGGAUCUUUGGAGCAGUUCCAGAAGGAAGAUUUGUCAUUGCCUGCCUUAAGUUGCAUUCUAAAAGGUCCAUGUGGAGUGAGCUUUUAGUCCCAAGUAUGCGACAAGCAAGAUAUAACAUGGAGGGACUUGCAGAUCUGAUUUUAAAGCAUGAAGAUGCAUAGUUGUUUCUUUGAAAAUAAGAAAACAAUGCCAAAAUCUUGAUUAAGUUUUAUGUGGAGUGGGACUAUUAAUUUGACCUUUAAGAUUUCAGUCUAGUAUCUUAUCUUGUUCUUUGAGAAAUCAAUGUGCUAUUGUCUUGAAGCAGUUGUUUUGAAUUCCCUUGUUGAACUUGUAUUUUGACUUGGAAUGAUGUCUUUGUAUUGAGUUUUUCAUCCAUCUUGAA